GGCAGGGCAUGCAGCUCUGGCGUUCUUGGACAAAGACAGCCCUCUAAGUUUCCACCACUCUGUCUUUCCUUGGAAGGUUUGGCUCCAAAUCCCCACGCCGGGGGGCGGGGAGGCAUCAAGCUCAGGGCCGAAGGCAGACUGCCCUCACCUGGAUUCUGGGGGUGGGGGUGCUGGGCAUCCUGGCUGGGAGGCUGGGGUGGAAGAGAAUAUUGUGUCUGGCUGCCGCUGUUGCCCUAAGGGGACAGUCUGUGGGCAGUGUUGACUUUUUAUAGCUGCAUGGGAAACAUCAGGGAAGAGGGUGGGCUGGCCGUGGCCUGGGAGCCCAGCUAUAUUCCGCCAGCAGAGAGGGCCCCUGCCUCAGCCUCUAGAGGUCCUGCAGGCUGGGCUGGGCAGGGUGCCAGUGAAGGCGGGAGGGACGAGGAGAAUUGCUGGUGGUAGAGAGCCUCUAGUCUCGAGGCCACACACUAGGUGGAAUCUGACCCACAGAUGUGCUUUGUUUAGCCCACCUGGUGCUUUAAAUCAGAAGAUCUGGCAACACAGGGCUGGAGUUACAUAACGCUGUCCCUUCAAAGGGGACACACAGCAUCCGUUUUGCCCCAGGCCCCGCCUCUCACACCUGCCUGCUUCAUCUCUGUUCACUGCGGCACCUGUGUCUGCAGCCUCCGGUCUCUCAGGCUAGCUGAGCCUCUGCUCUUUGUGUCACCAGUUCUGAUGGUUCUCACUGCCUUCCAGUGGGUUCCAGUGGGGGUAGGGUCAGAGGUCAGUCGGGGAGCUUAGCCCCGGGAAUUGCGCUGGGACAUUGGGAGCAUCUUGGGAAAGGACAUUAUUCCCUGAAUGAACAGAAGCCUCCCUCUGCCUGCUUCUCUCUCUGAGCUUCUGCAUGCACACGAGUGUGUGGUUCUGUGCACGUGUGUGUGUAUGUGUGUUUGUGUCUGCACAUGGGCCACACAGAGGGUAUCAGACCCAGCUCUCCCUGGAGCAUCCGUUUUGGCUAAGGACUGGGGACUCCACCUGUUGGACCAGUUUGAUGCCUGCCCCAGAGCAUCCUGAGGGCUCUCUGCACCCUGCUGUUUGCCUCGCAAGGUCUGCUCUUGAGAAGGGCCCCUUCUAGGACCAGGAGCCAGGCUGGGGCCAGGAGGACCCAGCUGGGCAGGGAGGUGAUGCCCCGCCUCUCUUUUGUAUUUGCUUGGUGCUGGCUGAAGAUGCGCCAGGAGGAGACCAGCUAUACGGUGGUGCAGACGAGUGAGGAGGGGCUGGCGGCCAGCGGCGAGCUCCCCGGACCGCUCCUGAUGCUGGCCCAGAACUGCACCGUCAUGCACAACCUGCUGGGCCCAGCCUGCAUUUUCCUGCGUAAGGGCUUCGCGGAGAACAGGCAGCCUGACAGAUCACUGCGGCCAGAGGAGAUUGAAGAGCUCCGGGAGGCCUUCAGAGAGUUUGACAAAGACAAGGACGGCUAUAUCAACUGCCGGGACCUGGGCAACUGCAUGCGCACCAUGGGCUACAUGCCUACCGAGAUGGAGCUUAUUGAGCUGUCUCAGCAGAUCAACAUGAACUUGGGUGGCCAUGUGGAUUUUGAUGACUUUGUGGAGCUAAUGGGACCUAAACUCCUGGCGGAGACGGCAGAUAUGAUUGGAGUAAAGGAACUGCGAGAUGCCUUCCGAGAGUUUGACACCAAUGGUGAUGGGGAGAUAAGUACCAGUGAGUUACGAGAGGCCAUGAGGAAACUCCUGGGUCAUCAGGUGGGACACCGAGACAUAGAGGAAAUUAUCCGAGAUGUGGACCUCAAUGGGGAUGGACGAGUGGACUUUGAAGAGUUUGUCCGGAUGAUGUCCCGCUGAGGCCGCCAGGGCCCCUCCAGGACUGCCAAGCUCCACGGGCGGGGAGAAGAGGAGCCGGAGCUCGCCUCAUCCCGCCGCCGCCGCCGCCGCCGCCCAGAGCCCGGGACGUACUGGCGGAUGGGGCCUGCCUGCACCCCGGGGAGGUGCCCACCCCGGACCCCCGCCCCUCCGCACUGUGAAAGACUCACGACUCCUGCAACUGGAAAGGGGGGCGCCCGCCGACGAGGAGGCCACCGCGCCAGGCCGGCGGAAGUCAGGCCGGGCGCCAAGUGCCAUAGACCCAGCCGCUGCUGACUGGGGGCGCCCCACACAGCAUGUCUGCUCCCCGGGGCAGAGCCUCUCGCCGCCCCCCUUAGCUCUGUGCCCGCCCCCCCUCGCCUCAGCCCUGUUAUCUCAGAACCAAUAAAAAUAUUUCCAAGAG